AAGCUCCGAGUUCUCACCGUGUCCCUUUCAUUGUGUAUAUAUCAACAGCGCAUAUCUCAGUCUUCCCUUCACUUCAACGCCAUCAAUAUUUCUUUCUUCCACAGCGUCCGUAUCUAUUUCCCUGCUCUCAGAUUCAGAUCAACAAUCUCACAGCCCCCAAAAAAAAGAAAAAGAAAAAAAAAGAGAGAGAGAGAGAGCUCUUCAUUUACUGUUUGAUAAAAUGAAAGAGGGGUUGCUUGAGAAUUCUAGGUUCGUAUUUGAUCAAGAGACCCUCCUCACCGUUUGCAAAACCUGCCUCUUCUUCCCCGGCGAUGGCUUCACUGUCUACGACUGCAAGGGCCAACUCGUCUUCCGGGUUGACUCGUACGGCCCCGACCCGCGCGACAGAAGCGAAGUCGUCCUCAUGGACGCCCACGGCCGCUGCCUCCUCACUGUACGCCGCAAGAGGCCGAGUCUGCAUCAACGGUGGGAAGGGUUUGAGGGGGAGAGAACGGACGGCCAGAAGCCCAUCUUCAGCGUGCGAAGGUCGUCCAUAAUCGGACGGUCCAGCAUGACCGUGGAGGUGUACGGAGACCCAGGCGAGGAGUACCAGAUCGAGGGCUCAUUUCCGCAGAGAUGCUGCACGAUCUUCAAUGCGGAGAAGGAAUCAGUGGCUGAGAUUCGACGCAAAGUGGAUGCUUCCACCCACGUGGUGCUUGGGAAGGACGUUUUCUCUCUCUGCAUCAAGCCCGGGUUUGAUGGGGCCUUUGGUAUGGGAUUGGUGCUCGUCCUUGAUCAAAUAAACGGUGAUGAUUAUGGGGAUGAUGGUAUUGAGAUGGACCCCACCGCAGAGGGUUAGAAAGGGGUAGCGAGUGUAAAGUGUGGCUGGCUGGGUUUGAUUUGGAGUGUGUUGGGGGUUUUUGGACUGGUUAUUGGCACUGUUUGGCGGACUGGGGACCUCUUGGAUUGGGUGUAGAUCUUUCUUGUAUUUUCUUGUACUUUGAUAAUUUAAAAAAAAUGAGAUUAUGUAUAAAUUUAUGUAAUCUCACUUGUUUUUUUUUU